UGUCACAUCGGAGUACGGUCGUCUGUGGCUGGCAGGCGGGUUGCGCAGGCGCAGAGAGCCGGGGCCCCGCCGGUUGAGGUAGCCGAAGGUGAGGGGGCUGUGGGUGCACCUGUGGGGCAGGAGCGGCGAGUUCACGCCCCGGUGGGUGCGGUUAGCCGCCAGACCGGGCUCGGGGCUGAGGCUAGCCUCCAGGAGGGGCCCCGAGAGAGGUCGGGGGCGGGCCUGAUUGGCCUCUGUCCUCAGAGCGGGAUGCGGUGACGGCCCUGAGCGACCAUGGCAGCGGCAGACGAGCUGGCCUUCCACGAGUUCGAGGAAGCUACUAAUCUGCUGGCCCAGACCCCAAAUGAGGCCACCACCAGAGGUGAUCAGCUAGUUCCUCAGCAGCACGUGGCUGUGGCCAUGGACUCAGGUGGCAGCUACGGAGCUGAGGACGAGGUGGAGGAGAGUGACAAGACCGCGGUCCUGGACCGGAUCAAAGGCUCGCUGCUGCCCCGGCCCGGCCACAACUUUGUACGGCACCAUCUGCGGAAUCGGCCAGACCUGUAUGGCCCCUUCUGGAUCUGUGCCACACUGGCCUUUGUCUUGGCCGUCACCGGCAACCUGACCCUGGUACUGGCCCAGAGGAGGGACCCCUCCAUCCACUACAGCCCCCAGUUCCACAAAGUGACCGUGGCCGGCACCGCCAUCUACUGCUACGCGUGGCUCGUGCCGCUGGCGCUGUGGGGCUUCCUGCAGUGGCGCAAGGGUGUCCGGGAGCGCAUGGGGCCUUACACCUUCCUGGAGACGGUGUGCGUCUAUGGCUACUCCCUCUUUGUCUUCAUCCCCACUGUGGUCCUGUGGCUCAUCCCUGUCCCAUGGCUGCAGUGGCUCUCCGGGGCCCUGGCCCUGGCCCUGUCAGCCGCGGGCCUGGUGUUCACCCUCUGGCCCGUUGUCCGUGAGGACACCCGGUGGGCGGCUGUGCUGCUGCUCUCCGUGGUGGUGCUGCUCCACGCCCUCCUGGCCACGGGCUGUAAGUUUUACUUCUUCCAGCCGCUACCUCUGGAGCCCGCAGCACCUCCCCACCAGGCCACAUCUCAGCCCCCAACCGUACUACUGUCACCGCCCCCACCAAGGUCCGCAGCAGCCUAGGAAGACUGGAGCCCGCAGGUGAGGAACUGUUUCCAGCUGUGGCUGAGGGGGUCUCCGGCCCCCAUCCCAAGGUUAGAAGUCAUGGGGCCACUCCUAGGAGUUUCUCUCUUUCAGGCCCAACAUAAGGGGGUGCCUCUGCCUGCCCUGCCCCCCAGACGGUGACUGAAGGCUCCCCUGAGACCUCGAGAUGAUUUUGCUACUUUCCAGACUUUUCUUACAAAGCAAACACUUUUAUUUUCUAUGCAAAGGUGAUUCAAAGAAUUUAUAUAAAGGCGGGAGAGGGGCAGAACAGGGAGCUUCCAGGGCAGCCAUUGCCCCACAGGCCACCUGCCAGGAUGGGCGGGCAGCACAGGGGGCCACCCCAGCCACGGCUGUGCCUGCUCUUCCUGGGGGGCCCAGUUAGUGGGCCUUGGGCCUAGCCUGAGCUCCACCACAUCCGAGUUUUGGGGUGUUAGAAACGGGGAGCAGAAGUAGAAGAAAAUUGCCUGUGCUGAAACAUACAUUUCCUUGUUUAUUAGGUUUUUUUUUUCUUUUCUUUUUUUUGGAGAGGUCCCUGCAAGGCCCCUUCCCAGGCUGGGGAGGGGCCAAAAUGCCAUCAUAGUAGUAGGGACUGGAGCAUCUACAAAUACUGAAGGGGAUACACAGGCCUAACGUUAGCUACAAGGAAAAAGGAUGCCUUCCACGACAGACCCUUGAGGUUUCUGUGUCUGCUCAAGCGGCUGACAGUGACCCUUCCCCCCAGGGCCCACGAGGCCACCUGUUCUAGCUCUUGGUGUGGGUGUGGGACCUGCAGGGGCUCAGGGACAGGACAGCAGCAAGUGGCAGGGGCCGAGGACGGAGGGCCUUCCCGACAGCCGGGUGGGUUGUACAUUCAAGUGUGAGGUGAACCCUUUGGUGGGAGGGGGCCGAGGGGCUCCAGAGGCCCGGCCCCGCCCCAUCCUGAAGACUCGGCAGGGCUGCCCCUCGCCACUGAGCCUCUGAGUCGGGGAGAGGGGCUGCUGGCUCGGCCCGGCCGGCCUGAUGUCUCGGAGGGUCUGUGGAUUGACACUGGUUCUUUUCGUAAAAAAAUAAAAUUAAAAAAAGCA